GAAAACGAGAGAAGAAAAGAUGGAUAUGUACGGGCUUUCAACUUCGGAACAAAUUGAUAUUGAUGAUCUUUUGGAUUUGUCCAACGAUGAGCUUUUCCCCUCCGCUUCCGAUUCCACCAACAUUGACCAAUUCCCUCCUUCUGAAAUCACUUCCGCCUCCUCCUCCUUCGCGUCCGCCGUCGCUCCCACUUUCUCCAUGGACUUUACCCACGAGCUUUGCCUUCCCAGUGAUGAUGAUGUGGCUGAGCUGGAGUGGUUGUCGCAGUUCGUAGAAGAUUCCUUCACCGACUUCCCAUCGUGCACGCUCCCCGGAAUCUUUAACCCUAGAAAUGAUCAUCAUAAUCACUCGUCGUUUUUAAGCAAAGCUCGAAGCAAGCGGUCGAGAGCGGUAACAACAACUACACUUAACGGAACAAACUGGAAGACGGACAUGUCGGAAUCGGCGACGGCGGCUACUUUAACGGGAAAGUUGUCAAAGACGAAAAGGGAAAUCCAACAACGUCAAACAUCCCCUGCGGCAGAGGGAGGGGUGAGACGAUGCUCGCACUGCGCGUCGGAGAAGACACCACAGUGGCGGACGGGGCCACUAGGACCAAAGACAUUGUGCAACGCGUGUGGGGUUCGUUAUAAAUCGGGUCGGCUUGUGCCUGAAUACCGACCCGCGGCAAGUCCAACAUUCGUGCUGAGCCAACACUCGAACUCCCACCGGAAGGUGAUGGAGCUGCGGAGGCAGAAGGAGCAGCAGGUGUGUCGUCAGAACCACCGUCAACAACGUGACUUUGAGGUGUGCUGACGUACGAAAGUUAUUGUAAUCACGUUCAAUGGGAUAGCAGCGU